AUGAGGAGGUUUUUGGUUCCUAGAGCAAGUAUUGAGAAAGUGAAUGUUAAGCAACCGGAAGUCGAAGUAGAAGAAACACCCCCUAAUGUGGCCAACGAGUUUAAUCCAAAUGAGAUUGUGCGUGAUCUAGGAUGUAGGAAACAAAUUCAUGAGUAUGCUCCGGAUAUUCAAGACCAAGUGAGGAGGGCAUAUAUAUUGAAGGGUCCAACGCAACCUGAUUUAGCAAGAUUUCCUCGUACUCAAUUUGGGAAGUAUUCAAGAGCACUUUGUAAAUCAUGGUAUAAGAAUUAUACAUGGAUUGAAUACAGUGAGUCGAAGGAUGCAACUUAUUGUUUCUAUUGCUUUCUCUUUAAGCCGCCCGGGAGGGCCGAACACUUUGGUUAUGAAGUCUUCAACAAAGACGAAUUUAAAGAUUGGAAGCAUGCAUCUAAAGGCUUUAAAGAUCAUAUUGGUAGUCAUGAUAGUAAGCACAACUCAUGUGUGAAGCACUAUGAUGAUUAUAAUAAUCAAAGACAAAGUGUGACAAGUAUCUUUGCUAGAGCAACUAGGGAAUCAGAAGAAUUGUAUAAGAUCCGUUUAACUUGUUCUUUAGAUUGUACUAUAUAUCUCUUAGCACAAGGAAUUGCUUUUCGUGGCCAUGAUGAAAGCUCUACUUCUCUAAACAAGGGAAAUUUUAGAGAGAUGGUGGAUUGGGUAAAAUCUAAUGAUGAAAAAGUAAGAGAUGCUUUUGAUCGUGGUCCAAAAAAUUGCACUAUGACUUCCGGUGACAUUCAAAAGGAGCUUGCAACGUGUUGUGCACAUGAAGUUACCAAGGUGAUUAUGGAAGAGCUUGGUGAUAGACAAUUCUCUGUGCUUAUUGAUGAGUCACGUGAUAUAUCUGUCAAAGAACAAAUGGCGGUGAUGUUGAGGUUCUUGAACGACAAAGGGAAAGUUGUUGAACGAUUUAUUGCUCUACAUCAUGUCAAAUAUACUACAUCUGAGGCACUAAAGGAUGCUCUUUAUGGUAUUCUCGAUCGUCAUAUGUUAUCUAUUUCAAGGAUACGAAGGAAAGGAUAUGAUGGGGCUUAA